UUAUGUGUUUGGUUUGUUUCCUGAUAAAAUAAAAUAAAAAUAGUGACGUCCGGACACUACCAUUCUGGAAGAAAUGUGAGUGUCCCGGGACGAUUGAUUGGUUGAACGACCGAAUAAAGUGCUUAUACGUUAUAAACAACGACCAACAUCUAAAAAACCGCUUUAAGCAGCACGACAUUCAACAGCAAUGGACUAAAUGAGCAAAACCCUGGUGCUUAUUUCCUGUUUGCUUCCUCAUCCUCCAUCCUGCCUGGAAUUAAUAAAGUACAGUUCCACUGGCUCAUCAUCACACAUCUCCAAGGCCCUUUAAGUGGAUGCAUUUGGAUUCAUGAGUCCCCUUCGCAGAGCAGGAUGCUCCGGUCCGGUGCCCGGUUGAAGCAUGUCUAAAUGUGAGUGUAUCGAGCUAAAGGACCUCAGCGCCGAUGAGCCAAUCGAGCUGGCCGCCCCGCAGGCCGCGCUAGUUGGGCCUGCGUCAGCCGCCGGCCCGCCGCUACGCUCCAACGUGGUGCGCCUGCUAGGUGGCACGGCAAGCGUUGAAGGGCCCCUCUUCCAUCCGAGGGACACCGGGAAGGGCCAUGACUUCCUGCCCUGCAGCUACACCCAUCUGACCUGGUGCGACCUGUGUGGAGAGUUCGUCUGGGGUCUCUACAAGCAGAGCCUCUGCUGCGCAAACUGCAGAUACAUCUGUCACGACCGCUGCCGGCCGUUCAUUCAGUUGGACUGCAGUGCAGGAGGCCAUUUGGCGCCAGAGCCAGCAGAUCUGUCCGUAGAUACCAUAGAGACAGACACAAACGUGGAUGAACAGAUUGAAUGGGGAAAGCAAGAAUUGACUUUUGGUGAAAUCCAGCAGAAGAUAAAGGAAUACAAUGCCCAGAUCAACAAUAAUCACUUCAUGGUGAACAAUAAGGACGGGUCAUACACAGGGUUCAUAAGGGUGCAGUUUCAGCUUGCUCGUCCGAUUUCUCUGCCGUUGCCACGCAAACUGUCUCUGACACAAGAAGGACAAGCCCAAGUGGCCUCGACGCGGAGGACGUCAUUUUACCUCCCGAGAGAUAGUGCCAAGCACCUGCACAUCAGCUCCCAGACCCGCGCACGGGAAGUCAUUCAGGCCCUGCUCAACAAGUUCACUGUGGUGGACAACCCGGCGAAAUUUGCCCUGUUUGAACGAACGGAGCGUCAGAAUCAAGUUUACCUCCGUAAGGUGUCUGACGACGCAUGCCCCUUACACUUACGCCUCUGUGCUGGCCCUGGGGAGAAGGCCCUGAGCCUGGUUCUGAAAGAGAAUGACACGGGCGACAUAAAUUGGGACGCUUUCAGCUUUCCUGAGCUGUGCAACUUCCUGCGGAUGCUUCAACGCGAGGAAGAGCUGUAACACUAUAAGGAGGGCUGUGACCAAGAAAAGAAUGUGCCACAGUUGAAGAUGGGCGGGAGUGGCUCAAAAUCAAGAGGAUAUUGGCCUUUUUCUGGCUCAGGUACUGUUGAAGACGCAACCAAAGAC